AUGGCACCGAAGGCCAAAGGGCGCGAGGAGCGCAUUGCCAUCGUCAAUGCCGACAAAUGCAAGCCCCAGAAAUGCCGCCAAGAAUGCAAACGAUCUUGUCCUGUUGUGCGCAUGGGCCGUCUGUGUAUCGAGGUAGCACCGGCAAGCAAAAUUGCGUUUAUUAGCGAGACGCUAUGCAUUGGUUGUGGCAUUUGCACUAAAAAGUGUCCGUUUGAGGCGAUUAAUAUUAUCAAGCUGCCCACCAAUCUUGAAAAUGAGACGACACAUCGGUACAGUGCAAACAGUUUCAAGUUGCAUCGUUUGCCGACGCCUCGUGCGGGCCAAGUGCUUGGUCUCGUCGGCACCAACGGUAUUGGCAAGAGUUCCGCGUUGAAGAUUUUGUCUGGAAAGAUGAAGCCGAACCUUGGCCGUUAUGAUAACCCCCCGGACUGGGCAGAAAUCUUAAAGUAUUUCCGUGGCUCUGAGCUGCAAAACCUAUUUGCCAAGGUACUCGAGGACGACAUAAAAGCGCUUAUCAAGCCACAAUACGUGGAUAACAUUCCUCGUGCACUGAAAAACAAGGCUACAGUAGAGCAGCUGCUUGACAGUAAAUUGCAGCGCGACAAUAAGGAUCGUGUCGUGAGUGUUUGCGACCUCGAGCCCGUUAUGGACCGCGAUGUGCAUAACCUUUCUGGUGGUGAGUUGCAGCGUUUUGCUAUUGCGAUGUCGUGCAUCCAGAAAGCAAACAUGUACAUGUUUGAUGAGCCUUCCUCCUACCUGGACGUGAAGCAACGUCUGAACGUGGCUCGUGCGAUUCGUGAUCUUCUCGACUCAGAUACCUACGUCAUUGCUGUCGAGCACGAUCUGUCUGUUUUGGACUAUCUCAGUGACUUUAUUUGCUGUCUUUACGGCGUUCCGGGUGUUUAUGGUGUCGUCACUGUGCCGUCACCUGUGCGCGACGGUAUCAACAUUUUCUUGGACGGGUUUAUCCCGUCAGAAAACAUGCGUUUCCGCGAGGAGUCGCUUACCUUCAAGAUUGCCGAGACUGCCGACGACAGACAAGUGGAACGCACUGCUCUGUUCGAAUACCCCGAUAUGACCAAAAAGCUGGGCGCAUUUGAGCUGUCCAUUUCUGCGGGCAGUUUCUCUGACUCGGAAAUUAUCGUGUUUUUAGGCGAGAACGGCACAGGAAAGACUACGUUCGUAAAGAUGCUUGCGGGCAAGCUCGCGCCAGACCAAGGUGCUGACAAGCUGCCGCAGCUGAAUGUGUCGUUGAAGCCGCAGACGAUCUCGCCCAAGUUCUCUGGCACGGUGCGCAUGCUGCUCUUGAAGCAAGUCAAGACCUCGUUCAUGCACCCGCAAUUCCAAACGGAUGUUGUCAAACCUAUGAGUCUCGACAACAUUAUUGACAAUGACGUGCAGACGCUCUCAGGUGGUGAGCUGCAGCGUGUUGCAUUGGUGCUUGCUCUUGGAAAGCCUGCCGACAUUUACCUCAUCGACGAGCCCAGUGCCUACUUGGACUCGGAGCAGCGUAUCCAGGCGUCCAAGGUUAUCAAGCGUUUCAUCCUUCACUCGAAGAAGACGGCGAUGAUCAUUGAGCACGACAUUAUUAUGGCCACUUAUUUGGCAGACCGUGUCAUUGUAUACGAGGGUACACCCUCCGUAAAGGCGCAUGCAAAGAGCCCUGAAUCCUUGCUUACGGGUAUGAACACCUUCUUGGCCACACUUGAUGUGAGUAUGCGUCGUGACCCGACCAAUUUGCGCCCGCGCGUAAACAAGUACGCAAGUGUCAAGGACAAGGAGCAGAAAUCAAGCGGCCAAUACUUCUUCCUCGAAAAUUAA